AUGGAGGAGCUACUCGCCAAGCACCGUAAAGAGCAGAAAGAUUUACAAAGUCGCAUCACUCAGAAGAAAAAGUCUGCCACCAAAAAGACUCGAAAGGGUGUGAAUGAUGAAUGCGAACGAAUGCAACGGGAGCUCACCGAGCGACAGCAAAGCGAGAUUGACGAGUUGAAUGGCGGAUCUUCAGAGCCGGUUGAGGAGCAACUCGAAGAUCUCAGCAUCAACGAUGAGCAACCGACCAAUCCGCUAGAUGAUAGCCAAGAGAGCGCCGCGGCGAACUUGAACACACCCGAACCAGCUCUCACUGCACCGUCGCCCGAAGAGCCAACUACAAAAGUCAAGAAGCCCAAUCGCCAAAAGGCUCGCCUAGCGCGACGCGCGGCCGCGCAAGCUGCCCAAUCUGCUGCUGCGGCUGAGGAGGCUGCCAAUCAGACUGACUACAGGGGCAAUGAACAAGAAGUGAUGGAUGCUGUCUUCAAAAAGCUGGGCCUGAAAGAAGUCGAGGUGACGCCGGAUGGACAUUGCCUUUACUCAGCCGUUGCCAAGCAGCUAGAUGAGUCCGGUAUUGGGUUACGCCCAGACCCCAGCCGCAUCGUUCUACAGCCAACUACCCAAACGCGAAUCGAUACUGUCACGUCGCCUCAGCACGACGGAUAUCGGGCUGUUCGUGCCGUGACUGCGGACUUCAUCACUGAUCAUAAAGAAGACUUCGAAGCGUUCAUGGAGGAGCCCAUUGACGUCUAUACUCGCAAGAUCAAGCUGACUGCGGAGUGGGGCGGUCAGUUGGAACUACAAGCAAUUGCACGAGCAUACGGGGUGGACAUCAAUGUGGUGCAAAAGGACGGACGGUUGGAAAAGAUCGAAUGUGGAGAUAUGGACACUUUUGAUGAAGACGAGAAAAAGAAACGCGUUGUUUGGCUGGCAUACUAUCGCCAUACCUACGGCCUGGGCGAGCACUACAAUGCUCUGUUCAAAAAGGAAUAG